AUGGCCGCUGAUCCGACACCGAGCAAAGCUGCUCUCUCCCUGCUCGACAACAUCGCUUCCCUCAGCACCGGCUUCAAAAAUGGCGAAAGCGGCGCAAGAGAAGGAUUACUAGACGCGUGCCGUAGCCUCAUCGCAGAAGUCAGCCACCCAUCCGAAAACAUGCUAGACAUACUCUGGGCACAACCCACCCACCUAACCACGCUCUGGCUUGCCGUCGAGAUACAGCUCUUCCAAGCCAUGCACUCCAUCCCAGAAACCGGAGCCAGCAGCACAGAAAUCGCAAGGAGAUGCGACAAAAACGUCGACCCCAUCAUCGUCGCACGCAUGCUCCGCCACCUCGCCGCCAUGGGCACAGUCCGCGAGACCGGCCCUGAUACUUUCGCUAAUACACCCACCUCCCGUGCUUUCGCCGAGGAAGCAUACCAAGACUCUAUCCUGUUCAUUGCAGAAGAUUUCCAGCCUGUGCACCACUCCAUGAAAUCUUAUUUCGAAGCCAGAGACUGGAAGUGUCCUGAUAGCGGGCUUGAUGCGCCGUUCCAGCAUACGUAUGGUUGUAAGGGGAGUCAUUACUUUGAGUACAUGCAGCAACGGAAUCCUGAAAUGGGGAGGAGACCUGAGAUUGUGGAAUUGGCGAAAUUGGGGCCUGGUGCCGAAGCGAUGUCGCAUGACUUUAUGACGGAGCAGCCUGUCAAGGGUGCAAGGGCGUAUUAUCUGCAUUCCAUCAUCCAGGACUGGAACGACGACGUCAACUCCCAGAUUCUGAAAGCGAUUGUGCCGGCGAUGACGAAGGGGUAUUCCAAGGUCCUCGUUAACGACUUCGUCGUGCCGGAUCAGGGUGCGCAUUGGGUGCAGAGUAAGUUCUUCGUCUUCUCUACCUAG